AUGACUUGUUUGGGAUGCCUAGCAAACAUUGUUUCAAGCUUUCUGCCUCUGUUCCUUGUCUUAGUUGUCACCAAGAUCCUUCACAAACUAUGGUGGGCUCCGGCUCGCUUGCAGAAUCUGAUGGCCUUGCAGGGCAUCAAAGGCCCUCCUUACAGACUUGUCCAUGGCAACACCGAGGACAUCUCCAACAUAAUCAAGGAAGCCAUGAGCAAGCCUAAGAGUUUUAGUCCGUCCCACGACGUACUUUAUGUAGUUCAACCUCACGUUCACUCAUGGACCAAGAUAUAUGGGAAGAACUAUCUUCAGUGGCAUGGUUCUAAGGCUCAAUUGGUCAUCACGGAGCCUGAGUUAUGCAAAGAGAUACUGAAUAACAAAGACAAAGCUUAUUGCAAAAGAGAGCCCGAAAGCUUUUUGAAGAAGCUCUUAGGAGAUGGACUUGUGACAACAGCAGAAGGUGAAAAAUGGGCAAAAAUGCGAAAGCUCACCACCCACGCUUUCCAUGGAGAGCUUAAAAGUUUUCAACUUUUUAAUUUGUAUUUGAAUCAUUAAUUUGGAGACAAGGUGAGG